UUGCUGCAGAAGGGCUGAGUGUGCUUUGCGGAGGGGACCUGUCUCUGUGCAGAGCCCCAGCGUGGAUGGGAGCUCUCCAAGAGGGAAGUUGAGUCUUUGCUAGGUCCCACCUGGACAACACAACCUGUGGGCCAGCAUGCAUCGAAUGAUGAAAGAAGAAUCGAGUUUCAGGACAAGCAGCCUGGAAAAUGUGACGCGGGACCCAAGCAAAGAAAAGCUUCACAUGAAGCUCUGCAGUGGGUCCUGCCACGCUGAACAAAUCCUCCAGACACUGAACUCCUACCGACAGAGCGGCACCUUCACGGAUGUGGUGCUUCUCAUUGAUGGACAAGAAUUCCCCUGUCACCGUGCCACUUUGUCAGCCAACAGCACCUAUUUCCGAGCCAUGUUUGGUGGUGAUCUCAAGGAAGGCCACCAGGAUAUCAUUAAUAUCCAGAAGAUAUCUGCUUCUACUAUGUCUCUCCUUCUUGAUUAUAUGUAUGGGGGGAACAUCAUCAUUCAGGAGGACAAUGUUGAAGGCAUCUUGGAACUGUCUGACUUGCUGCAGAUCUCCAAGCUCAGAGAUGCUUGUGUCACCUUCCUUGAAGGCCAGCUUCACCCAUGCAAUUGUUUGGGCAUCAUGAAAUUUGCUGAUUCAUUUUCCAUUGCAUCUCUGACAGAAAAGAGCAAGAGGUUCAUGCUGGAGUGUUUUGUGGAAGUGUCAUGUCAUGAAGAGUUCCUGGAGAUGGGUGUGAAAGAGCUGAUUGAGUAUCUGUCUGAUGAGCAACUGGUGGUCCCCAAGGAGGAAGUGGUCUUUGAAGCAGUCAUGCGCUGGGUACGGCAUGACGUACCUGCCAGGAAGGGAGCCUUGAAGGAUCUUCUUGAGCAUGUCCGUCUGCCCCUGCUUGACCCCACCUACUUCCUGGAGAAGGUGGAAAUGGAUGGACUCAUCCAGGACUCAAAGGAGUGCAUUCCUCUACUGCAUGAGGCCCGCAAGUAUUACAUCCUUGGGAACGAGGUCAGCUCUUUGCGAUCAAGGCCUAGAAGGUUCAUGGAGCUGGCAGAAGUCAUCAUUGUCAUUGGGGGCUGUGAUAAGAAGGGUCUUCUGAAGCUGCCCUUCACAGACCUCUACCAUCCAAAGAGCAGGCAGUGGACAGCCCUCUCCAGCGUGCCUGGCUACACCAAGUCAGAGUUUGCUGCCUGCACACUGAAGAAUGAUGUGUACAUAUCAGGAGGACACAUCAGCAGCAACGAUGUUUGGGUGCUGAGCUCCCAGCUUAACGUCUGGAUCAAAGUUGCUUGUCUGCAGAAGGGCAGAUGGAGGCACAAAAUGGCAACACUUCAGGGCAAGAUCUAUGCUGUGGGAGGCUUUGAUGGUUUUUACCGCCUCUCCAGUGUGGAGUGCUAUGACACCUUCUCCAACAGCUGGUCAACCUUGGCCCCGCUGCCUCAAGCCGUGAGCUCAGCAGCUGUGGUCUCCUGCCUGAACAAGCUCUACGUUCUGGGAGGGGCUGUGGAUGACACCGCUAACACUGACAAGGUCCAGUGUUAUGAUCCAGAGGACAACAAGUGGACACUCUUGUCUCCCACCCCUUUUUACCAGAGGUGCAUCAGUGCUGUCUGCUUGGACAACAUCAUUUAUGUUGUAGGUGGACUCCUCAGUAAAAUCUUCAGCUAUGAUCCAAGGAAAGACAACUGGCGAGAAGUGGCCACCCUCCCUGGGCCUCUGGAGAGCUGUGGCCUGACAGUGUGCGGAGGGAAGAUUUACAUCCUGGGUGGCCGAGAUGAGAACGGGGAAGGCACGGACAAAGCGUUCACAUUCGACCCGGUAAUGGGGAGUGUGGAGCAGCAGCCGCCGCUGCAACGCUGUACCAGUUAUCACGGCUGUGUGACCAUCCUGCAGCGCAUGAACAGAUGACCACGGGGCUCCAACUGCAUCCAAAUCCCACCCAGAGCCUUCCCUUGAGACAGUGCCCACUCAGCACGUGGACAAACAUCUCACCUUUUUGUGGGGAAGGGCAAUACAAGCGCUGAAGAUGAUGUGCUCCAGCCUCUGUCUUCUUUUUCCUGGCCUGAUGAUACCAAUGGCUUUGAUGCUGGUCUAGGUGAGAGGAGGAAAGGGUGCUGGGCUGUGUGAAGCUGCAUUGCAGACCUUGGCACAGUAGGAUUCAAGUAUCAUUGCAGCCCCUGGAACUGAAUUUGACCUGUACUUAGGUUUUUCUGGCUGUAGAUUACAGUUUUCUGUCGUGUUGGCAACAGAGGUUCGUUGUCCUGCAGGGACAUGCAUUUGCCGCUUUCUGACAACCAAAACUGUUGCAGUAACAAUUACAGAUACAGGAUCCAGUUCUUUAGCUAAAGCUAUCAGAUAUUUGUGCAUUUAGCUCUGCAGAACCCUGUGUCAAACCAUGGUGGUGGCCUAAAUGGUCAUUAAUGUCCACAGACAGUUAGUCCUAUUACAGUGGAGAGCUGAGAUUGAGAUCAAAACUGAUAUUCUAAGAAAAAUUCUCCACUAAAUCCCCAAAAUCCUGGUUAAACAGUCCAAGCUCUGAUUCCAUUCUGCAUGUGCUGUACAAGGGUCUAUUCCCCUAAAGCACAGAGUGCUAUCUCCUUUUAUACAUGUUUUGUGGUUGGACUGCUGUCUCACCGUCUCUGUCAUUGAGAGGACAAGUGAAUCGUGUAGCCAAGAGUUCCUCUUUCAGAAAGCAGAGGUAGGGGGAAUAUUAAUACGUAGGAGUUAAGCAUGAAGACCUGAAGCAUGGUAGCCAGAGUCACACUUGGUUCAUUUUUGCUCUGUAGUAUGCUAGCAAGUAUUAAAAUAAACUUAAUAUUUAACAGAUUA